AUUAAUAAUUUUUUUCAAGGAUAUAAUUUACUAUUUCAGCAUAGUUUAUUUGCUAGUUAUAUAGAUUGAUUUCAUAGGUUUAAUUGUAGUUUAUUGUUGGGAGUUUUAGUGUUUGUUACUUUAUUGUUUGGAUAUUUAAUUUUUGGUACUUUUUAUUUUAAAAGAAAAAAAAUUGAGUAUCAGUUUGGUGAAUUAUUGUGUAGUAUUUUUCCAACUAUUAUUUUAUUAAUACAAAUAGUUCCUUCACUUAGGCUUUUAUAUUAUUACGGAUUAAUAAAUUUAGAUAGAAAUUUAACAGUUAAGGUUACAGGACAUCAGUGAUAUUGAAGAUAUGAAUAUAGAGAUAUUCCUGGGUUAGAAUUUGACUCUUAUAUAAAAUCACUAGAUCAAUUAAGUUUAGGUGAACCACGUUUAUUAGAAGUUGAUAAUCGUUGUGUUAUUCCUUGUGAUACUAACAUUCGUUUUUGUAUUACAUCUGCUGAUGUUAUUCAUGCUUGGGCAUUAAAUUCUUUAUCUGUAAAAUUAGAUGCUAUAAGAGGAAUUUUAAGAACAUUUAGUUACAGGUUUCCUAUAGUGGGAGUUUUUUAUGGUCAAUGUUCAGAGAUUUGUGGAGCAAAUCAUAGUUUUAUACCAAUUGCUUUAGAGGUAACAUUAUUGGAUAAUUUUAAAAGAUGAUGUUUUGGUACUAUAGAAUAA